CUUUAUUAGGCCGUGUGAAAAAACUUCGCUCAUCUCUUUCUUUCAAUUUUUUUUGUUCUUGGGGGCCAGGAAAAUUACAUCUCCGCCCACCUCCACCACCGCCGGAGUAAUCCAUGUUAGCUGAUCGGAGGAGCCAUCCAUUGUCGCGUCGCUGUCACGAUUUGCCUUUCAUCGAGGUGAUAUUUGCAUAUCGAUUUAGAUCUGGCGUUCUUAGGGUUCAUCGACGUUAGAUAUUUCAUGGUCUACGGUGAUUGCAUUUCGGAAUUUUUGCUGAAUUUGGGGGAAAUUUAGGGAGUUGUGUAUAUAUGGAGAGAGGUGGAAGGAGAUCUGGUGAAUCUCCAGGGGUAUUGAUUAAGAAACGAAGUUCAUCUGGUUGCUUGAUUGUGAAGAAGAACGAUGAUGGUGUUGGUAGGAUUUGUUCGUUUUCUGAGACUCGUCCGAAUUGGGAGUGUAAUAAAAAGUCUAGGAUGGUUAUGAGUGACUCUGAGUCUAGCGAUAAACUUGCCACCAUCCCUCAUCAUAUGCGCCACUUUCGUAAUGUAGAAGAGAGUCGUUUUGGGGAUGAUCGUGUUGUGGGGAAGAGUAGAGAGUGGAAGGAGAGGAAUAGGCAAAUAUUAGAUGAUGAUGAGGACGAGGAUGAGGAAGAUGAAUUACUGGCAAUAGGGAUGAGGAGGUCCUUCGAUGGUAGCAGAGUUGAUAUUGAUCAAAAAGCUUAUUUGGGGUCUACUCGAUUUGGUAAUGAUAGGGAAUACGGAGCUGAUUGUAGUCGAAAAGAUUUAGAUGUUGAGAAGAGAAGAAAACCAUGUAUAGAUGGAUCAGGGAACGUAGGUUUUGCUAAUCAAAGUUAUAGAAACAGGUGUAAGGUGAGUGGAAACGGAAGUAAAACUACUCAUCCUUUAUUGUUGCAGAAGAAGUACAAGCGUGACAUGAUUUUUGAUGGACCAAUCAGGAUGCAGGGCAAAAAUGGUGUCCUUAAGGUGAUGGUGAACAAGCAGAAUAAUAUAGGAGGAGGGUUAAUGCAAAAUGCGAAAGCUGAACAAACUCAAUAUGGCUCAAAGAUUCAAGAGACUGGUAAAAUACGUGUUGCCAUCAACUCGCCAACCAUUCUAAAAACUGAAAGUUUUCCGAAACUGCUUCCCCCUGUCAGAAUACAGUCAAAUGGGUUAAUUUUGCCUACGACGUUAACCAUGAAGGGUAAGGGACAUGACCAAGAUUUUGAAGAUAGUACUGAUAGCUUGGGGCGCGUGCAGAAGAGAAUAAUACAACCACAUAAGCCCUCUCAGAUGUCAAGCACUGGAGGAGAAAAGACUUUACCUGAAGCGUCAACUUCUUCAAAAAUCAGAGAUGGAAUGAUUAGGCGUGGUUCAGGCACAGAAAAACAAAGACUACGAGAGCGAAUUAGGGAAAUGUUACUGGAAGCAGGGUGGACGAUUGACUAUAGACCUAGGAGAAACAGAGACUACCUAGAUGCAGUUUAUAUAAGCCCCAGGGGAACAGCAUACUGGUCUAUUAUCAAGGCUUAUGAAGCACUUCUGAAGCAGUUAAAUACUGGAGAAAAAGUUCCCAAGCCUUGUGAAGAGAGUUCCUCAUUUAUUCUGAUAUCAGAUGAGAUACUCAGUCAGUUAACUAGGAAAACAAAAAGAAGGAUUGAAAUAGAUAUGAAGAGGGAAGAGCAAUCUGCCAGUGAUAAUGAUGGAAAAGCGACUUUUGUAAGAAAUUUCUUUCCUGUUAAAAAUGAAGUUGGAAAUGAUGACAGGUAUGUUCAAAAAGAACAGCGAAAUGUCAUGUCAGUGAAGGAUGAGGUCAGUAGCAGAGAUAGUUCACGAGGUACAACUUCAAAAGGUGAAAGCCCUUUGCAUUAUUAAAUUGAAGAAUCAACUGGUUGCUCCUCUCACCGUGUGGACGGAGGGAUAAAUAGCAAACAUGGUAGGAGUACACUGUCGGUACGGCGUGCAAUCAGGGGAGAUAAUUUAGAGAGUGAUGGCUUUGUACCCAGAUCUGAAAACAGACGGUAUUGGCUUGGCUGAUUGAUAGUGGAACCAUACAGUUGAGCGAAAAGGUGAUGUAUAUGAACCAAAGACGGUUACGCGUCAUGCUUGAGGCUUGGAUAACAAGAAGACGGGAUUCACUGUGGUUGUUGUAGUAAAAUUCUUUCAGUUUCUAAGUCUGAGAUACACGCUGGAAGGCAGCCAUUUCAGGACAUAUUUUUGAAUUCUGGGAUCUCUCUUCUUCAAUGCCAAAUAGAUGCAUGUGAUAAGCAAAAGGGUACUCGGCACAUUGGUUUUUGCUCGGUCGAUGUAAUUGUUGAUGAUCCAAAUGACGAUGCUUGUGGUGUUUUUGGAGAUGGAGGUGAUUUAGUUUGAUGUGAUAGAUGUCCCUCAACUUUCCAACAAAGAUGCCUAGACAUACAGAUCUACAGGGUAUUAACGACAUUUACCAUUUGGUUUAGAUUUCAUGGUAACCGUCUAGCUGAGAUGUCGUUCGUUGGAACUCGGCAUGUCUACAGACACCAACGCGCUGAUGGUGGACAUCAUCAGAUAUGGAAAAGCAGAUAGACUGCAAAACCUGUCUUUAGUGCUUUUGUUGGAGAAGAUGAAGAAGAUAAUUUAGUAGAGUCUCCUCCUCAACGGAACAGCGACAUGGCUUUCUUAGAUCACAUUAUCCGCUCUCCUUCACAAACUGGUGAAAAUGGAAACGAAGAUGUCUAUGGAUCAGGCGAUGAUGAUUCUCUGGAAACGCAAUGAAACAGAGUUAGAUUGUUGAUCUGUCCUCGUAAGCAUUGGUGUCUACUACAAACACCAUAAUCGCUUUUUCGAAUAGAAUUUGUUAAUAAAUAUGUUUAUAUAUGUUUUAUGUAUAUAUAUAUAUUAUAUCGUACAUGUCCUGCUCUCGCCGCCAAGCUUCACGACGGUGAGUUUUUUUGCUCUCUCUUACUUAUGUGUUAUCAUCUCGUUUCUUCCUCUUUGUUUGUCCACCAUCAUCUUCCGAUGAAAAUCUGCUUCUUAAUUCUUAGAGCAUUUAAAUCAUUCAUUUGUAUAUAAUUUGGUUUUUUAUGAAGCAUUUUAAUCGUUGCA